CCAUAGCUGGAUCAAGUAAACAGAUGAUACAUAGGCCCUGGAGGCUCUGUCAUGCCUAGCACAGAACUUAUCAAAGCUGUGGAAGCCACAGGAUCAAAGCCAACUAAAGCUUUUUAGUAAUAUGACAUCCAUGGAGGAGUUUCACCCAGACCCCAGAAUCCCACGUCAGCUAGUCGACCUUCUUAUUGCCAAUUACAGUAUUCCAAAAGCCUGCUUCUCCAAACCCCCUGCCGCUUCUCAGCUGCCACAUCAACUGGACACACUGCAUCUCUGCACUUUUGGAAUUCUGACCACACUUGUCAUUAUAUCAUUGAUCCUUUACUUGGAAGAAGCUUUCUACCUCAGAAAGAAAGUGCUGUGCUCAGUUAAGAGGAAAACACUCCUGUGGAGCAGUGCAUCACCCACGAUAAUCGCUAUUUUUAGCUGUUUCGGCCUAUGGAUCCCUCGAGCUUCCAUGUUUGUGGAAAUUGGUAUAGGCACCUAUUUUGCCAUCUGUUUCUACCUGAUUCUGACGGUCAUCAUUGAGGGAUUUGGAGGAAAGGAUGCACUGGUUAAGAAAAUGGAAAAUACUGAUGUGCAUAUCAACACUGGGCCCUGUUGCUGCUGCUGCCCUUGUCUUCCCCGCAUUAAACUCACAAAGCGGAAGGCGACCAUCUUUACCUUGGGUGUUAUCCAGAUGGCAUUCCUGAAACCCAUAUUCAGUUUCAUUGGUUUGUUCCUUUGGGCUGAUGGAAUCUUCAACCCAGACGAUGUCUCAGCUCAGAGUCUUGCACUCUGGAUGGGCACAAUUGUUGGGGUCUCCACCAUAAUUGCUCUUUGGCCCAUUGGAAUUCUUUUUCGCCAAGCCAAAACUCAUCUCAGUGACCAAAACAUUGGGGCCAAGUUUGCAGUUUUCCAGAUCUUACUCAUCUUGACAACUGUGCAAACAUCUAUCUUUAGUAUUCUGGCAGGUGCAGGCCAAAUACCAUGUUUCCCUCCAUAUUCAUCUAGAGCUAGAUCUCAGCUAAUGAACAACAAUCUGCUCAUAGUGGAGACUUUCCUCCUGUCCAUUGUGGCCAGAAAUGCAUACAGAAAGAGAGACGACGAGGCAGGAUUCAGCUUCAAACAAAGUUUUUGAGCAAAGAUGAAGAGUAUCUUAUUCUGUAACAAACAGGGGAAAGUUGUGCUCACCACUAGUUUUUAAAAUCAUUAGGCGGGGGUGCAAUGAGGGUGUGACCACAAAAUACAU